AUGGGUACUUCCGCACAGGUCCGCCCAGUAUUACAUGACCUGAAAGCCGGGAAGCGUGUUGGACGCGCUCAAAAUCCAGCAGAACAUAACUUUAUUUAUACUCAAAUGAAAGCGGCUUCCAAGUUUGUUCGUAUGGCGCAACAAGGAAGUCUCUAGCACUUUUCAUUUCUUCAUGGAAAGCGCAGGCGUGAGACCUACUUUGGCCCUUCCUG